AUGUACUUUUACAGACUGCCAGCCUUCAACCAGUCGGUGCCGCCUGCUGGCUCUGCUCCCCCUCCGACCCCACCUGCAACGACGCUCACGGCUAGAGCGCGUCAAAUUGCAGUGGCUCGCUGCAGAGUCUCUAGUCGCGCAAAAAUGGAGUCCACCAAUGCUCAACACGACGAGGAUAACGCGUCGAAGACGCGUCGGAUCCUUCGUUGGUUCUCUUCGUGGCGCAUGCGAUGGUUCCGCCGACGUCCAAAGGUCACUCCUCCGGUGUCUCCACCCCCAAUGAUUCCUCCAAUUAACAUUGGGGACCAGCUCUUUCUCGAGUCGCUCAUCCGACACACCGAGGACAACAUUCUUGCCCAGACCCAGACACGUUCCUCCACCCAGCCACUCCUCAUCGUUCAUCCACGAUCAGCACCCUCUUAUUAUUCUGAUGAGCCAGCACCCUAUGAGCUCCCUGCCCCGCCCUAUCAAGAGAGGGACGACUUCCUUGUAAAUGAAGAGGAACCCUCUUCGCCACCCCGGCCAACCAACUAUCUCCUCCUUCGCAGCCCCCAUCCUCCUUCUUCUUUUCUUCAUCUCAAUCCCACUUCUAUGCUGCAUUCCCGUCAGCCCUCUCAAGCGCGCUCCUCCACCAUGACCAGCGUGUACGAACAUGAUGGACAGCACUUUGAGUCGUUUGAUACGGGAAUCCUUCGCAACUGUGAGCCACCGCUCUUCUACAAUCCAGACUACCUGAGUCCGACGGCUCCCACCCCACCUUCCCUUUCCAUCCCUGUGCGUGCGCAACGCCAACAAGCGCAGAGUCGACGUUCCUCGCAGAGGUACAGUGCGCAGAGUACCGUCUCCUCGAUUCAACCGCCUCCGCCGGUCGCAAAGUCGCGCAACGGCUCACUGACCGUGUCCCUGCGUACGGAAGAGGGAAAAGAGGAAUGGGAGUUUCCGACGCCGCCUCGAAACUCUGGAUGCUGGUUCUCGCCACGCUCAACAAACGAGAUACCGCAUAUUGAAGAUGUCAUGGAUGGCGAGGACGAUGUCGAAACUAUUGAUCUCGAUAUUGAUUUUUUGCGUGAGAUCAACGCAGAAGUCGAGAUUGCAUCGCAUACUUCGUCUUCACUCGGUGAGAGUAUUGCGUCCGGCUCCGCCUCUGCGUUGCACACUCCCACUGUCACGCCACACGCACACACGUUUGGACUAGGCGCAAAGUCGAUACUCUCCCUCAAUGGUCGUAAUCUUGCUGGCAAUACGACCAACGACCCAUCCCCUUCAAAGCGCUAUGGAAACUUGUCGAAUCGGUGCAGCUUCGACGAGUUUGACGAGCUGGAGAGCGUGCGCUCUGUAUUCGCCGACCUCUCCGCCGACAUGGACUAUGACGGCGCAGGCGACACGCUCUCCGACACCGACUCGUUUGCAGACCCAGCCAUCAUGCGGUCCUCUGGACGAGGUCUUGGCUUUGCACCCAAACCCUCGUUCCUCCUUUAA